AUGGCUACAGCCGAAUCAUCUCAAAAUGAGUCAUUCGCAAAGCGGGAGACGACAAUAACCAUGAACGAAACACCACCACAAUACCCACCAGCCAUUAGAAAUGAUACCCUGAAUGCAACAAAUAUCAGCAUGGAUGACAUUCAACUCGCUCAUUUGACGUCUACUGUCUCCGGAGCCGCUGCAGCUGCGGCAGCAGUAACAACUCAAGAAUCAGCCUACAAGCCAGCUCCAUCUUCAGACGACUCAGACCCCGAAAAUGAUCAGACGCCAAAACAGCGAUUCAGAAUUGCAGCUACUAUGCUAGCUUUGGCUCUAGCCCUCUUCGUAGCAGCCCUAGACCAAACCAUCGUAGCCACCACCAUCCCCACAAUCGUCUCCGACCUGCAUUCAGCAGCCGGCUACGUCUGGAUCGGAGGAGCCUAUCUCCUCGCAAACGCCGCGGCGGCAAACAUCUGGGCUAAUCUCUCUGAUAUCUGGGGGCGGAAAUUGAUGCUGUUAACUGCCACGGCGUUGUUUUUGGGCUCGUCAAUUAUCUGUGCUGAGUCGGUGGAUAUGACCAUGAUGAUUGUGGGGAGGUCGUUGCAGGGGAUUGCUGGGGCGGGGAUUUUGCAGAUGGUUACUAUUACCAUUUCGGAUUUGUUUAGUGUUAGACACCGAAGUCUCUACUUUGGUAUCCUGGAAUCCAUCUGGGCCAUCGCAGGCGCCGUCGGCCCUUUAAUGGGCGGCGCAUUCACGGAAACCAUCUCCUGGCGCUGGGUAUACUGGAUCAACCUCCCCGUCAGCGGCACUGCAUUCCUUCUCCUUUUCUUUUUCCUCGACGUGCACAACCCUCGCACCCCAUUCCUUGAAGGAAUCAAAGCCGUAGAUUGGUUCGGCAGUUUAUCUAUUCUUGCGCUAACCUUGAUGUUACUUCUGGGACUCAACUUUGGCGGUGACACCUUCUCCUGGAGUUCGCCACAGGUUAUUUGUCUGAUUGUCUUUGGGUGUUUGAUGUCACUUGUUUUCAUCUAUUGUGAAAAACGACUGGCGAAAUACCCGCUUAUGCCGAUGAGUGUGUUUCGAGAGAGGUCGAAUAUUGCUUGUUUCGUGGUGACUUUUUGUCAGGGAAUGACCUUCCUUGGCGGCGAGUAUUAUCUUCCCCUCUACUUCCAAUCCGCCAAAGACUCCUCCCCGCUCCGCUCCGGAAUCCUCGUUCUCCCCAUCGUACUCGUCGAAUCCCUCACAAGCGCGUUCACGGGGAUUCUAAUCCAUCAUACCGGCCGGUACCUCGAAGUCAUCAUCUUCGGCGCUGUACUUGCGGCAGUCGGAACGGGACUCUACAUCGACCUGAAAACGGAUACAUCCCUCGUCAAGAUCGUGCUGUAUCAGAUCGUCGCCGGUCUCGGGACGGGAUGUUUAUUCUCCCCGCCCAUCAUCGCGUUACAGGUAAAUGUCUCGCAGGCCGAUACGGCCGCUGCAACAGCCACGCUGGGAUUUAUACGCAACAUGGCCACUGCCGUCAGCAUCGUCUUGGGCGGAGUCAUAUUCCAGAAUAGCAUGAAUCUACAAAAACCGACGUUACGCGCAGCAGGUCUUUCAUCAAACCAGACGGAAUUAUUUGCCGGUGAAAGUGCCGCAGCUAGUGUCUUUUUGCUGGAUGGUAUGAUUUCGGAUCCGGUGCAGAGACGUGUGGUGAGAGAUGCUUGGUCGUGGAGUUUACGGAAUCUGUGGAUUUUGUAUACCUGCGUCGCUGCGAUUGGGGUCGUGGCGAGUUGUUUCGUCAAGAAUAAGCAUUUGAGUAAGAAUGAGCAGCAUGUUGAGACCAAGACGGGGAUCGGAGAGAAGGCUACACGACAUAAUCAAGAUGAUUAG